AUGUGGCGGAAGGUGGCUGCCAUGGGGCUCGCCCAGAGGCGGCCUCACUCACUGCUGCUGCUCCUCUUGGUGGCGCUGGUCUGGCCCCAGCCCUGCACGAGCCUAGAGCUGAUCCCCUACACGCCGCAGAUCACAGCCGGGGACCUGGAAGGGAAGGUGACGGCCUCCACGUUCUCCUUGGAGCAGCCGCGCUGCGUGCUGGACGGUCACGCCAGGGCGGCCGACACCGUCUGGCUGGUGGUGGCCUUUAGCAAUGCCUCCAGGGACUUCCAGAACCCGAAGACACUGGCUGAGGUCCCAGCUUUCCCACAGCUGCUGACGGACGGCCACUACAUGACGCUGCCCCUGUCCCGGGACCAGCUACCCUGCGAGGACCCCAUGGGUGACAGCCGCAUCGCCGUGCUGCGGGUGGGCAAUGACCCUGACUGCCUGGCGGACCUCCGCCAGCCGGCCUACUGCAACGCCCCCCUCCCCGACCAGGGGCCUUACAGGGUGAAGUUCCUCCUGAUGGACGCUGGGGGCUCACCCCAGGCCGAGACCAGAUGGUCUGACCCCAUCACUCUCCACCAAGGGACGUCUCCAGGCGCCAUCGACACGUGGCCGGGGCGGCGGAGCGGUGGCAUGAUUGUCAUCACCUCCAUCCUCUCCUCUCUGGCCGGCCUCCUGCUGCUGGCCUUCCUGGCGGCCUCCACUGUGCGCUUCUCCAGCCUGUGGUGGCCCGAGGAGGUCCCUGAGCAGCUUCGGAUCGGCUCCUUCAGGGGCAGGCGCUACAUGACCCACCACAUCCCGCCCAGCGAAGUGGCCACCCUGCCCGUGGGCUGCGAGCCCGGCCUGGACCCCCUCCCCAGCCUCAGUCCCUAG